UUACUAAUGUAAACUUGUUUUUACUCUAGACUUGAAGUGUACUUUCAAGCCUCAAGUGUACACGCUAUUUAGUUCAUUAGGUUUUUAUUUACGAUAAGUAUUACUCUAUUCAGGAAAUAACACACAAAAAUGCACAAGACAGUCCGCAUAAUUUGUAAUUUUCACAAUAUCGUUACGAACAAUAGAGUCGAUAUGGAUACUGAAACUUUGAUGCGAUUCUAUUGACAAAAGAAAAUGGCAAUUCUCUGCUAAAUCAUGAGACAAGUACAUAUAUUUAUAUGCAAACCGCCGUGUAGCAGGCAACCGAUACCAACGCGUACACUGUUACUGAAGCGAAGUGGUAGUGACAGUUUCUUACGAAUAUCCUGGAAAUUAGAAUCAUCCGCAAGGAAAAGUCAUUCAAACUCAUACUGCCGGAGGAACAAGAAUUCAGCUGGAAUACAAUCAUUCAUCGAAUUAAUUGUUUUUACUGGAUACAAGAGAUAUUAACGUUGGAAUCGACUAAUUUGGAUUUUCCAUCGUACAAGAAGAAUUUUCUUCUGCGAUAUACGUUGAUUGGCAACAGAGAUAAGAAUAUUGGGUAGAAAAGGCAAAUUCCAGGACGAACGUUGAAAUGGAUUAUAAGAUGAAGGAGAAUAUGAACUACAUGCAGAUCUCUCUACCUAAUUACUCGUACACUUUGAACUUGGAAAAAAAUUUUAUUUAUUGGGAUACCGUAACGCCAAUGUACGAUCAUUUGCCAUACUGCUUCGUAUAUUGUGCUAUGUAUGUCAUUCUAGUUUUUUCUGGGAAAUAUUAUCUAUCAGAUAAGCCAAAGUUCGACUUAAGACGUUGGCUUGCUUUAUGGAGUUUGAUGCUUGCGACGUUCUCCGUUCUUGGCUUUCUUCGAAUGGGAUCAGAAAUGUACCACACUUUAAGCAAUUAUGGGUUUUACAAUAGCAUUUGUGUUCCAAAUUUCCUUACGCAAGACUCCGUUGCAGCCUUCUGGACGUUCUUGUUUACAUUGUCGAAAGUAGUAGAACUCGGUGACACAGCCUUUAUCGUGUUACGAAAGCAACCAUUAAUUUUUUUACACUGGUACCACCAUAUAACGGUUCUUCUUUAUACAUGGUACUCUUACACAGAAACUUCAGCCACUGGCAGAUGGUUCACUACGAUGAACCUCUUCGUUCACUCGUGGAUGUACUCUUAUUACGCUUUGAAAGCAAUGGGAUUCAGUCCACCAAAAUGGGUUGCCAUAACAAUCACUACGCUACAAUUGACGCAAAUGAUUCUAGGUUGCGUUAUAAUUAUUGCGGCUUACCUUUACAGACAAACCAACGAAUGUAACGUUACACCUUACAACAUCAAACUUUCGAUGAUGAUGUACUUCAGCUACUUCAUUUUAUUCGCUAGAUUCUUCCAGCAGGCUUAUCUAUCUAACAAACUUGGAAACAAAGCUAAAAAGGCAUAUGCCAAUGAAACAUCAAGCAAUGACAAGUUCAAAAUGAAAUGAAACACCAAAGUUUUGGCAGACUUUUUGAUAGUUUCUAAAGACUUUCUUGAAGGCACAGAGAUGCGAUUCUUAACUGAAAGACGUAAAAGAUGUUUGUGAUGAAUAAAAAUGCAUAAUAUUGGUGACAAGUA